UGAAGCAGUUUGGUUAGAAGGGGGCAGAUAAACUUGUCACUCUAGUGGCUUUAACCCUCACCCUGAGGCACCUUAGCCACCAGCCAUUGCCUGCCAGCCUCUAAAGCUUGUCUCUGCCUCAUAUGCAGUCCAAAGAAGCCACUGGGAAAGAAAGCAUGGUCACCAAGAAAAAGAAUCUGGCUUUCUUGAGGCCCAGACUCUAUAUGCUGGAGAGACGGAAGACUGACACUGUGGUUGAGAGCAGUGUUUCUGGGGACCACUCUGGCACCUUGAGGAGGAGCCAGUCUGACAGGACCGAAUACAACCAGAAAUUACAAGAAAAGAUGACUCCACAGGGUGAGUGUUCCUUAGCUGAGACCUCAACCCCAGAGGAAGAGCAUCAAAUGAGGAGGAUGAUGGCAAAGCGGGAAAAGAUCAUCAAAGAGCUGAUACAGACGGAAAAGGAUUAUCUCAAUGAUCUGGAGCUGUGUGUCAGGGAAGUGGUUCAGCCUCUGAGAAAUAAAAAGAUUGAUAGGCUGGAUGUGGAUGGCUUGUUUAGCAACAUUGAGUCCGUGCAUCAGAUAUCAGCCAAGCUGCUGUCAUUGUUGGAAGAGGCCACAACAGACGUGGAACCGGCCAUGCAAGUAAUUGGAGAAGUAUUCCUGCAGAUUAAAGGGCCACUGGAAGAUAUUUAUAAAAUUUACUGCUAUCACCAUGAUGAAGCACAUAGUGUACUGGAGUCCUAUGAAAAGGAAGAAGAGCUGAAGCAACAUUUGAGCCACUGUAUCCAGUCCUUAAAGAAAAUAUACAUGCAAGAAGGCAAACCAAACUUACUGGACAUGGGCUCUUUGAUGAUCAAACCAAUUCAACGUGUGAUGAAAUAUCCUUUAUUACUGUGCGAACUUCGGAAUUCCACCCCUCCCUCUCACCCAGAUUACAGAGCACUGGAUGAUGCCUUUGCUGCUGUGAAGGACAUUAAUGUUAACAUCAAUGAACUUAAGAGAAGGAAAGAUUUAGUUCUAAAAUACAAGAAGAAUGAUGAGGAUGAAUCACUUAAAGACAAAUUGUCUAAACUAAAUAUUCAUUCAAUUAGCAAGAAAUCAAAAAGAGUGACAAAUCAUCUGAAGAUUCUGACCAGAGGAGAAUCGCAGGUUAAAGACAAUACCUUUAACAGAGAAGAAAAGCUAUUUAGAUCUUUAGAAAAGACUGUGAGGCAUUGUGUGAAGAACAUUUCACUCUGUCUUCAACACAUACAGGAUGCCAUGCCCUUGGCUCUGCAGAGUGUAAUGGACCUUCAGGAGAUUUCACACAACAAAGAUGAUGAAAUGGGCUAUUCUGGGACCCUAAGUAAUGCCUUAAAUCCAUGUCAUGACUUUGCAUCUCACUUACAGAGACUCACCCUGACCCCUUUGUCAGCCCUGCUGUCCUUAUUCCCAGGGCCACACAAGCUCAUCCAGAAACGCUAUGACAAACUGCUGGACUACAACAGCUACCUGCAGCGAUCAGCAGGAGAUGAGUCAGACUUAGCCAAAAAGGAGUAUGAGGCCCUCAAUGCCCAGCUUGUGGAAGAGCUCCAGGCAUUCAACCAGGCUGCUCGGAGGAUUCUGUCGAACUGUUUGUGCAGCUUCAUCACCCUCCUUAGGGACCUGAUGCUCUCGGCACAGCAGGCUUACUCCACACUUGUGCCGGUGCCACUGUUGAUUUCAAGCAUUUCUGAGAUUCAGAAUCGAGUACUAGAAGAGGUUCAAAAUUUGAAUUGUGUAAAAGACAACAGUGCCACCUUUAUUGAGAGGAAACUCAGUUUUGAAAAGAAGAAGCCUGUGCAGAUUCUGCCAGAAAUGCCACGUCAAACUGACGUUCAUCGCUCCAAACUUCUAUCCACAUACAGUGCAGAAGAACUCUAUCAAGCUAAGCGCAAGUGCAAUGCUACACAAGAAUAUGACAUCAAUCUUCUGGAAGGAGAGUUGGUGGCUGUGAUAGAACAGAGAGAUCCACUGGGGAGUACAAGCAGGUGGCUUGUGGACACAGGAAAUGUGAAAGGAUAUGUUUAUUCCUCCUUCCUAAAACCCUACAAUCCAGCAAAAAUGCAUAGAAUGGAUGCCGAGAACAGGUUCUGUGAUGAUGAUUUUGAAAACAUCAGUCUCUUUGUGUCUUCACGGCCAGCUAGUGACAGUGCCACAGGCACCCCAGAAAGCAGCAUUAGUGAUAGCAGCUCAUCUCUUAGUGGCACAUGUGGAAAGUUUGAAAUAAAUGGUACUGAUGUUGACAGUUUUCAAGAAGUAGAUGAACAGAUUUUCUAUGCAGUUCAUGCUUUUCAAGCACGGAGUGACCAGGAACUCAGCCUUCAGGAAUACCAGAGAGUUCAUAUACUUAGGUUUUGUGACCUAAGUGGCAAUAAAGAGUGGUGGUUAGCUGAAGCUCAGGGGCAGAAAGGAUACGUGCCAGCUAACUACCUUGGAAAGAUGACUUAUGCUUAAGAAAAUAAGCCUCUGAUUUUUAUUUUCUGGCAAGCUGUUAACUGACUACCUCAUAAAACUGAUAUUACAAAACUUUGGACCAGAAAGCAAGAAACCUCCAAACUACAGAAGCUGAUACUGUACUGGGUUUUCAGGAAUUCUGUAUUUCUUAUUGCAUGAAUGUAUUAUAAAGAACACAUGUUGAAAGAAAUACUAAGCCAGCAGAAAUAGCAAAGCAAAUGGCCCAAACUUGGACUAUCAACUACUUCAAAGUGAAGAUCUUUUGAAAGGGUAAUUAUAUUCUUUUAUCCUCAAGAAAGGUUGGAUCCAAAGAUUUUUCAAUUUCCUUUUUUUAAAACUAUAUGAUGUAUUUUGCCUCAAAUGUUUUUUUCAUAUUGCUCUUGCAAAUGCACGUUUAUAUACAUACAUACAUACAAACCAUAUAUAUUACAUAGUCUAUACACAUGUGGAUAAUAUGAAUUAUGUACCUAUAUAUAAACCAGAGUAUACACUAAAUAUACAAAAUAGGAAUAUGUUGCCAAUAGAAGUCUUUGAUAAUGUUUUGUUAAUGUUUUAUGUUUUGAACCAAAAGAAAACUGAAUAGCUUGAUAUUAACAUGUAAUAUUACUGAAUGCAUACUAUAUGCCAGAUAUUGUUCUAAGUGCUUUAUAUGUAGUAACUUGUUUUAAUAUUGAAAACAUUAUGAAGAAACCAUGGUCCAAAAAGGUGAAGUAUGCUGUAUCAUAUUGCUAGUAAUACCCAUAUCAUAUUGCUAGUAAGUGGUGGGCUUGGACUUAAACCGAGGUGUGUAAACCAAAAAUAAAAUUCUGAGGCCCCCCAACCAUCUGAAUAGACUUCCUCCUCAGCCAGAACUCUUUUCUUUUUUUUUAAGAGACAAUAAAGAGUUUUUUUUAUUCAAAGGUAUAACUGGAUAAGUAGAUUUGUUUACAACCAUUCUUGUGAAAUACCUUUUAAGAGAAUAUGACCAACUUCUCUGCAAAUAGCAGACACAUACCUCAACUAUGAUAACCUAAUUUUUGGUGGAUAAUGUACAUGAUAGGCAGAAAUAGGCAACCUCACACUGGUAGAUUACUAUCAAAUACUUAGUCAAAACUCUGUUUGUGGCCCCCACUUCUUGAUUGAUUUCUAUGCCCACUUCAUAUUCUACCAUCUUGUCAACUUCCUGAGUGACUCUUUUGUUGCCUCUACCUGACCGGCCACCAGAUCGACCACCUGACCACCUGACUGGCCCAAGUGGCCACUUGACCAGCCACUCCUCUGUCUGGAAUUGGAUGUUUCCAUCAUAAUAUUCUUCAAUUUCAAAUAAUUUGGCUGGCACUGCGAGUAUCGAGUUGGAAUCAUGCCACUCUGCCUGUAACCUUUCUGACUCAGUUGUAGCAACAUCAAAGCAAACACCUGUAUAUCCUUUCAGAAGGCACAUUCUGGUAAUCAGAGACACUGCAUUACUACUCAGCUUUCUGUUAAGUUCUUUCUAAGCACAGCUGACAUUCUGUAUUUCCUCUAGGCUUUCCAGAGUCAUAGUCACAAACUCCUUAUCAGAGGUGAUCAAAGAUUGUGGUUCAAAGCUUGAUGCACCAGAAAUGUGGGCUAAAGCUGCAGCCAAUGCCUCCACUGCCCCUUUCUCUUCUAUAAGCAUCUGAGCUGAUGGUCAGAAAAAUCGACAGCAGCAUAAGAAACAGAAGCCAGAAACCUGAUGGCAUCCCAGCUUUUAGAUUUAACUAAAGUCGCUGUAGAAGAAACACCUACAUGUUUAAAAGUAAUUCCUACUUUUUGUUCCACGUAUCUUAGUUGACCUCUUUCUCUGUUGAUAAAAACACAUACAAAUCUCUGUCCAUCCAGCUCUACCUGUGCAUCCAGAGCAACGGAUAUAGCACUCAACAUCCUGAGGAGGAGAACUUUGAAUCACUAAGUCAACUUCAGGAAUGUCCAAACCAUGAGCAGCUACAUUGGUUGCCACCAAAACUUUAAAAUUAUCUUCUCUGAAGCCUUUUAGUGUAAUUUCUCUUUGUGACUGUGCAGCUUCCCCAUGUAAACACUGGACAUCCUGUUUUGCAUGUGGAUUAAUGGACAUUUCUGUUACAUUCUUCUUGAUCUCACAGCAAAUAACAGUCCUUCCUUCAGAUCCACUGUAGACUUGAAGGACAUCUCAUUAUCAUCUAUGUUUUAUAAAGGAAGAAACUGAGGCCGUCACAUGGAAGAAUUGGGAUUUAAAACCAGGUCUUUUGAUUUUAAGGCUUUUUCUUUUAGUGUUUUCCCAUUUCUUUUCCUUAAGUCACUAAAAUCUACAGUUUAGUUUUACAAAAGGUAUGAUGUACAAAACAGAAAAAUGAUAGUGACCACAUAUCUACUAAUGGGAUUGAAAUGUACAAUCCUAAAAGCUUACUU